CUUCUUCAACCCACCAAAAAAAAAAAAAAAACGUCUAGUUAUCCAUUUUAUUUCCGCGCUUUUUUUUAUUCAUCUUAUCUCGCACCAGCCUAUGAUAUCGAGCUCCUCAUGCUAACCUACUGGAUAGCUUUAUGAGGAGAUCCAUAUCGGAUUUUCGGGCAAUUUUUCAAUUUUUGUACACUACCACUUUAAUGUGUGGCAUUUGCACCGUGCGACCGCCCACCAUUUCUUCGCCCAUAGUAAUCAUUACAUACGUGUAGAUACGCGCAUGGCCAAUUCAGACCCAAACAAUGCCGUUCAUGAUGAUGCCCAGAAGGGCGAGGACUCGAUAUUCUCGCCACGAGGUAUCGAGGCCUUCGGUAGAAAGGUGACCACAACUGCGAGCCAUUUAGUAGGGCCCGGUCCUGACCCAACCGGAAACCACUAUCACAACGCCAUGGCUCAAGUACAGAAACAGUUAAAGAAACCCGGUAUCCAACGAGGCAUGUUCACCAUGGCGAAGACAACCCCCACCGAUCUUGUCCGUUCCAAGUUCUCCACUACCGAAAUUCAAUCCCGCGCCCUAUCAUACCUACCCGACAACAUGCUCAAAGAUCUACCCGAAAACGACAACUCGUACUCUUUAUUUCAGGGAUUCAAAGCUACCUUUCCCGAGUUAACCAGCGAUGGCAAAAAGCACAGGAGAAGAGCUUCCAGAGGGAGAAAGAUGCUCGAGGAGAUCCCGUCAACGCCGGACAGCCCGCAUCAUCUCCACAAGCUGAAGAAUGAAAGGUCUUCGCUUAUGCAUGAACUGGAAAUGCUCGGGAUCCGAAAGAAUAUGGCUAGCAGAGAGAUCCACGAGAUAGAUACCAAAAUUGCUAAUCUAGCUGGUAUGAGACGCAUCAUACUCGAUAGGUUGGCAGGCCUAGAACAAGAAGAGACCUUAUUAGAACACGAUAUUGGGGAUGUGGAGGUGCGGAUAGAUGACGCUCAAUCACUUGUUGAUGAAGCCGAGUCAAUAGCUGCUGCCGCCGAUACGCCGACCAAAUCUGACGACGAUGAUGACUUAGUGACAGACCAAGAUGCCAGCGAGUUCAUGUCCAAGUCUAUAUACGAGAAACUCCCUUCUGCUUCGAGUACGCCAUCAAAAAGGAGACACAAAACCGUGAAGCGGAAAACGAUGCCUAUAUUGCACGAACAUUUCGAACCAGGGUUUAUGAUAAGGGAAAUUAAAGCUCACGCAGACAACAUCACGGCCAUGGAUUUUGACGUGCCAUUUGGCACUAUGGCAUCUGCCUCGAUGGAUGACUCCGUCAAAGUCUGGGAUUUGAAUGCUGGGCGCUGCAUCGGAAUACUCGAGGGUCAUACGGCUUCGGUAAGAGCACUGCAAGUAGAGGAUAAUAUCCUCGCCACCGGAUCGAUGGAUGCUACUAUUCGAUUGUGGGAUCUCAGCAAAGCGCAUUACGAUCCGCAAGGAAGUCAAUUCGGAAGAGAUGACGACGAGGACGAUGGUAUGGCUUUCGAGAACCCUGACGACCAACCGGUAGACCCUCCCGAGGGUAGCAUGGCAGACUGUCCACUAUUUACGCUGGAGUCGCAUAUGGACGAAAUCACAGCUCUUCACUUCAGGGGCGAUGUCCUUGUGUCAGGCUCAGCAGAUAAGACACUCCGCCAAUGGGAUCUAGUGAAGGGACGAUGCGUACAGACACUUGAUGUGAUGUGGGCAGCGGCACAAGCUUCCGUCUCUAUCGGCACAGGCGAGGGAACUUGGAGACAAACGGCCCGGCCACCGACAAGGUCAGCCGACUUCGUAGGUUCAUUGCAGGUUUUCGAGUCUGCCCUAGCCUGUGGUACAGCUGAUGGUAUGGUUCGGUUAUGGGACUUGAGAAGUGGGCAGGUCCAUCGUAGCCUUGUUGGCCACACCGGACCAGUAACAUGCCUCCAGUUCGACGAUGUGCAUCUUGUGACGGGUAGCUUGGAUCGCAGCAUUCGUAUAUGGGAUCUCCGCACAGGGUCCAUAUUCGAUGCUUAUGCUUACGAUAACCCUAUCACGAGCAUGAUGUUCGAUAGCCGGCGGAUCGUUAGCGCUGCCGGUGAGGACGUGGUAAAGGUAUACGAUAAGAUGGAGUCUCGGCAAUGGGAUUGCGGUGCAGGCAUCACUGAGGCCGAUGGGGGCCGGGCACCGGCGGUUGUGGAGCAUGUCCGGAUUAAGGACGGCUUCCUAGUCGAAGGUCGGCGAGAUGGUAUCGUCGGCGCUUGGGCUUGCUAGACCAUAGUAACCUCU